GUGUGGUGCGUGUAGGAUCAAGAGAAACCGUUAGCUCUUCUCCACUGUUAUACACGUGCGUUACAGUUCACAAUUUACCGUGAAACGAUUCCGUGUCUGGAAUAAUCAUGACCGCGGACUCCCAACCCCAGCCCCCCGCAAAGAAGCCGAGAAGAACAUCGGUGUGUGUCGGCUGUGGAUCGAAUAUCCACGAUCAGUUUAUUUUACGUGUGGCUCCGGACUUAGAGUGGCACGCGUCGUGUCUUAAAUGCGCCGAUUGUAACCAAUAUUUGGAUGAAAGUUGCACAUGUUUUGUACGUGACGGAAAGACAUAUUGUAAACGAGAUUACGUCAGAUUAUUUGGUACAAAAUGUUCAAAAUGCAGUCAGGGGUUUAGUAAGAGUGAUUUUGUAAUGAGAGCGCGAGGACAGGUAUAUCACAUAGACUGUUUUAGAUGUGUCGCGUGCAGUCGACAACUUAUACCUGGCGAUGAAUUCGCUUUACGUGAAGACGGACUAUUCUGUAAAGAUGACCACGAUGUUGUGGAAAAGGCCGGAUGUGAAUCGCCCAUUUCUGUAAAUAAUAACAAUAACAAUAAUAACGAGAAAAAAUUCAAUAAAAACAAACACGGGGAUGAACACGUGGAUAUCCAAUUAGCAGGGCGACCAGAAAAAACUGGCACCAAAACCCGACCCCAAGUUCACAAAUCAGCGGAACAUAAAACAACAAGGGUACGAACUGUCCUGAAUGAGAAACAACUACACACGUUACGAACUUGUUAUAACGCCAAUCCACGACCGGAUGCCCUAAUGAAGGAACAGAUGACGGAGAUGACCGGAUUAAGUCCAAGAGUUAUCCGUGUCUGGUUCCAGAACAAAAGGUGCAAAGACAAAAAACGAAGCAUCUUUAUGAAACAGUUACAUCAACAACAACACGAAAAGCAUGCUAAUGGAUUGGGUCGGCCAUUGUCAGGCGUUCCCAUGGUAGCAACUAGUCCCGUUCGAAAUGAAGGCCCGGGUAUCCAGGCGAGUCCAGUUGAAGUCCAGAGUUACCAGACACCUUGGAAGGCCCUGAGUGACUUUGCCAUGCAGGGUGAGAUGGACGCCCACCACGCUCCGUUUCGACAACUGAUGAACACUUUCGAUCCAAUGCAUCAAGGUUGUAUGGGCGGUAUGAACGGUUCCUCACCUGAAAGUGACCCAAUGUUACAACAUCCGGGAUAUAUGCACACCGACGACAUGCCCAGUUCGGUCAACUCCGAUUUUCCUCGCACACCUUCGGAUUUGUCAAGCCCCUUAAGUCAAUGAUGAAGUCCGAAUGCACACAAGUGAAAGGCUAAGCAACAAAAUAUACCUCAGUUUGCCGAGUGACUGUUAACGGAAGUGCUAUUCUAUAUAAUAAGACAAUAAGGGCUAGUCACUCGGACGAUCUGUCAAAUCUUCAAGAUCUCGUUCCAGCCCAAAUAAUUUACAUGCACCUUGAUAUGAAGGAGCGGGCAUUCACUGCGGAGUAAUACAUAUUGACUAGGAGCUGGUUUUACAGUAGUUUUCAAUAAUUAAUAAAACAAGACUGCCAAGAAAAUGUGGAUAUUUUUUUUUUGCUGAGUGACGAAUUGUUGUAAAGAAAUAUCCAACGUGUUAUAUGAAUUGAUGUUUAUCGUGGAAUAUAUAUAUAGGUUAUUUAUAUACCGUAUGUGUACAUAUGACGUCAUUAUUUUUCUCUGAAACAGAUCAAGAAACGUAUUGUUUGAUCACGUGACAUUUUAUCUUUAAAAACUUAUAAACAUUGACUACAUCUCGUGAGAAUAUACGAGAUGCAUGUCAUUACAUCAUAUAUUUAUUUCCUUCCUUUCAUCAUCACACAUAUAUAUAUAUAUAUAUUUAAGGACUUUUUUUUUUUACUCUUUUCGAUUCAAAUAUUUGAAAAUCCGAAAGCCGACGCCAUUUUGAAUGCUGUAGUUUAGCUGUGUUGUUUGUGAAUAGUGUUAAUAGUAAAAUUUGAAAUUAAAACUAUUUUGUGUGAGAUAUAAAUUAUUGUAUAUAAAUAUAUUAUAUAUAUAUACAAAUAGCUGUGAAUUUAUUGUGAAUAUUUCGUUGACAAGAUCACGACGCUUAUUGUCAAGUUCUAAUAACUAAAUUAUCUACCUUGGCUAUAAAAAAACGACCGGGAAGCGUCGGUUUGAACAAAGAGACAACAAUAUUUUGUUUUCUUUUUUAAAUUGAAAUUAAAAAUGUCUUGGUUUCUUUAUUCUAAAGCUCCAAAUAUAUCAAAAUCUCUGUGCGUCCAAUGCAUUUUUCGGAAAAUAUCAAAUUAAUUAUUUAACUUUGAAUUCAGAAAACAGAAACAAAGUAUGAACGAUAUAUAGGGGAUUGCAUUCGGCUAACUUUUGAUAUCCUUUUCUGUCUAAAGAUGUUUUAGAUGAAGAAUGCCCGGAUGGAAACAACUAUAGGUCCUGAUGGAUUUCCCAGUUAUUGGAAAAUGACUAUAGCCUCUCCUUUCUGUUUUUAAAGAUAAAUUACAUCCUGUCUCUCAAAUCAUGGCUUGUUUGUGAUAAUAUUUCUUCUAUGUUCUGUUUUUAAUUUGUGCCAUUUUAAAUUCCUAUGUGUUGAUCUGCGUUCACCAUUCUGUCACGUGACGCGUGUAUUUUGUCUACACCACAAAGUUUUAUUUAACUUAUGCAAUAAAAGCGA